CCAGCUCUAAAGAGUCUAAACAAGAACAAGACUUUGCUGACUGAGAAAGAAAAGAAGAAAGGAACACAAACACAACACAAAACCGUCUCUUGUCUUGUCUCGUCUCUGAGUCUGAGAUACGCCGUUGCUCUUCAAUCUCUUUAAAGUUGUAAUAUGCACAGCUUCAACUAAAUAACUCUCCUUCAAAUGGCUAACUCAAACUUGAACUCCGAUUCCCCUCUCGCUCGCCGUAUCGUUCGCUCCUUCCUCCACUUCCUCGACUCUGUUGAACCUGCUCCCGGGGUUGAUACUGAAGGUCUUGAAGUUGUUAAGGAAUGUUUGACUGAGGUGUUUAAGCUUCAUUCUCAUCCUGUUGAAGCUCAAUCAAAACCCGAGUCGUUGAUUCAUAUUUUCAAUUCUUUGCAAGAUAAUGAUCAUAGCGACAGGGUAGCGCCUGUUGAUGCUCCCAGUUCAUCCUCUGUCCACAAUGUCGAUGAUUCCAAGUUUCCGGAUGCUUCGAAAUCUAUGGAUGAGGACUGGACUAAAGAACCUUGCUCUACAGGGGUCUCUAAAGAUGAACUCUUUGGGCAAUUCUUUGGUGCACUUGAGAAAAUUCACUUUUUUAAGACCAUGCCUGAUGGGAAUGAUGACCCUUCCCAACUGGAUAAAGCAUCACAUUUAUUUCAUGAUGCUCUAAGUGAGAUGGAAAGAUCUGGAUCUCAGGUAUACAACCAGAAGAACUUGGCUGAGACCUUCAAGGGUCAAGGUAACAAGGCCAUGCAGUCAAAGCAAUACUCCGAUGCAAUUGAGUUUUAUUCAUUCGCUAUUGCACUUUGUGAAAAUAAUGCGGUUUAUUACUGUAACAGGGCAGCUGCUUACACACAGAUCCACAAAUACACUGAAGCAAUCAGAGACUGUCUCAAGUCCAUUGAAAUUGACCCUAAUUAUAGUAAGGCAUACAGUCGCUUGGGUUUAGCAUAUUAUGCACAAGGGAACUACAGUGAUGCUAUUGAAAAAGGAUUUAAGAAAGCCUUGCUAUUGGAUCCAAAUAAUGAAUCUGUCAAAGAGAAUAUUCAGGUGGCUACACAGAAAUUGAGAGAAGAGAUGCAACAGACAGGGCUGGAUCAGAAUACCAGUUCUAGUCGUAAUAAUCAAGAACCGAACCAGUCAACAGGAGGGUUCAGAAGUCACGGAACAUCAUCUUCCUUUACAAUGCCUUUUAAUGCUAAUGCUCUACCCGGUGAUUUUGCAAGCAUGCUUAUGAACAUGGCUACAAAUAUGCAGCAGGGGCAGCCUUCUCAGAACAGACAAGAAGAAGAUAGUAAUAUCGGUGGAACUGAUGAGCCUGGCAUAAGACUUGGUGGGAACAUCAAUUUGAAUUUUGGAGAAAAUGUGCCUGAGGAGGUAACAGGGGCAUUGAGAUCAAUGAUGGAAAUGUUUUCAGGAGCACCAGCCCCUGGAAAUCCUCAAGAUACUGAUACCACAAAUGGAAGAACACCAACAAACUAAAAUAAUUUACAACCUUGUACUUCCACCUGGCUAGCGAGGGUUUUGUUUCGAAAAUUUUUCAAUAUUUGUGCGGUCACAGAUGAUCAUCAACCGUAAACAAGAACAGAAAUUGUAAUAUAUUGGAUCUUUUGCCCAUGAUUUUUUUUUCGGCUAUGUUAAAUUAUUUUGUGUUUUAUGGGUGCUGAUACAGUGUUUGGUU